GGCUGCGCUGGGCUUUGGCCUGUUUCCGGUUGGAGUGGAGCAGAGUUCGGGUGGCGAGAGCUACAGCGGCCGUGAGCUGAGAGCCAGAGCGAGCCUCCCUCCCUCCUACCUCUUGCUGGCAGCAGCUCCUCAUCCCCCAGACACUGUGUGUCUGAGCAGCAUUAUUCAGAUAUGGCAGAUGCAACUAGAAAUGGCCCUCAGGGUGGUAUCUUGCAAUUCAUGAUGGCGAACAAACUAGAGGCUGCCAUGUGGCUUUCUCGGCUCUUUACAGUGUACUGUUCCAUCCUCUUUAUAUUUCCUUUCAUGGGAUUAUAUGAAGCUGCCAACUUUUACCAACGUGCCCUGUUGGCAAAUGCCCUUACCAGUGCACUUCGAUUACACCAACGUUUACCUCACUUCCAGUUGAGCCGUGCUUUUCUGAGUCAGGCCCUGUUAGAAGACAGCUGUCACUAUCUCCUUUUCUCGUUGAUUUUUGUCAACUCCUAUCCUGUUACAAUGAGUAUUUUUCCCGUUUUCCUAUUUUCUCUGUUGCAUGCGACGGCCUACACAAAGAAAAUUUUUGAUAUCCUGGGUCCAGCCAGUUUGGCUUUUCUGAGGUCGAUCUUGGAUAAAAUUUCAGCCAAUCAGCAAAACAUUUUAAAGUUCAUUGCCUGCAAUGAAAUUUUUCUGAUGCCAGCCACAGUCUUCAUGCUUUUAAGUGGGAAUGGAAGCUUGCUGCAGCCUUUCAUAUACUACCGAUUUCUUGCACUCCGAUAUUCCUCUCUCAGAAAUCCUUACUGCAGAACUCUCUUUUCAGAGCUGAAAAUGCUAUUACAGCACUUAAUCAUGAAACCUGCCUGCCCUGGAUUUUUGCGAAACAUGUGUCUUAACUGUAUUUCUUUUAUAAGCCGAUUGGCUCCCACUGCAAAUUAAAAUGAGCUGAAAACAAUAAAUCCUCUAUGAAAGAUGAAUAAAAAUGCCGAGCAAGUGGUAUCCAUGUUAGUUGCUGUCAAUCCCAGAUAUAUUCCAAAAGCCUCUGUAUUUUUGUAAGAUCCCUUUCAUAUGAGAUUUUAUCUUGUACACUGAAGCAGAACUGAAAUUCAGUUUUUAAAAGUUUUCAGUUAAAUUGUCAGCUAAGAUAUUGAACAGCUAAAAUGUUACUAUUGGCUUUUUUAAAAAACUGGUUUAAUUAGGUAAUGAUGAUCAAAUCAAAGUUUACUUUUAGUCAACAUAGGGGAAGAGGGAAGAUGUCAUCAGAGGUCUUGUUGUGCACUUGUUGGAUGUUCAUGAUCUUCUAUUUUGUUAGCUGUACCCGAACUUUAUUUUCUACUAGUGUCCUCAGGUACUGGUACCUGGUUAGAAUAAGGACUAUCCAAUUGACUGAGUGUUUGGGUUACAGAUCAAAGAAUGUGUGCACCCUGCAGUGCUGUACGCAAGGUGAAGCGCUGGUAAACUGACAUUGGAUGCACUGUUGCACUGUACUUGGAUGUCUGUUUGCCAGUCAAGCAGAAUACCCAAUAGAUUAUCAGAAUGAGUUUGGGAUAGCAUGAAUUUAGUCGGAUUAUGAUAAUAUGCUGAAGUAAAUAUUACUAGAGUAUGGAGUACAAUUUGUGCUGGGGUCUUUGCAGAAUAAAAUGUGUAAUAUAAACUGGGUAUUGAACACUUCCAGGCGUAUUCUGAAAUGUGUUAGGCAAAGUGUUUCAUAUUAUCUUUCUAAAAAGGUCUGAUGUUGAUUUAUUGCAGAUUUUCAAUAUUUGAAUGAAUGAAUAUUAUCUUUAUUGCAUGUAACUUUGUCCCAGUGAUUGCACUGAAAUAAUUCCUUUAUAGUUGCAAAUGAUUUCCUCUUUCCUGUGAGAACCUGUAUUGGUACAGAAUAUUCACAAUAAUGAAAUUCAAGCUAAAUUAGCUAGUAAACUUAAAAAUAAACUUUUUGUAAAAUAUUUUGUUUAAGGUUUCUUUCUUUACAAACCAAAUAUUUAUGGAACCAGUUUCUCGUCCCUAUAAAUGCAAAAUUUACUGUGAUACAUAUGUGUAGUUUUUUUUUUAGUUUUCUGUUCUGUUGUCCUUGCUUUAGAAUAUGUUGUAGGAAAUUUUAUUGACUGAAAUUCCUGUACCUAAUAAAGCUUGAUACUAAA